AUGCGCCUGAUCAACACGAGAACGCUGGAGCUCCACGAGUUCUCCAGCGAUGAUGUACCUCCGUAUGCGAUUCUGUCACAUACCUGGGGCGCCGAAGAAGUUACCUUCCAAGAUUGGCAGAAUCGCCGUCCCGCAGCCUCAAAGCAAGGGUUUUUGAAGAUUCAAAAUGCGUGCAGCCAAUCUCUGAGUCAGAACCUCGGAUGGCUCUGGGUUGAUACAAACUGCAUCGACAAGACCAGUUCAGCAGAGCUGACUGAAGAGAUAAACUCGAUGUUUGAGUAUUAUCAGAAGUCAGAAGUCUGCUUUGCUUACCUCGCGGAUGUUCCUACGUCAAGUGAGGAUAAAAACCUGCUGUUUUCGCAAAUCCGAGCCAGCCGUUGGUUUACCCGCGGCUGGACACUACAGGAACUAAUAGCACCGCGUCAUCUGGUGUUCUAUGCGGCUGAUUGGUCAAGGAUUGGCAAAAAAGAAGGACCUUUCGCUGAUCUCAUCGCUUCGAUCACAAAUAUUGAUACUAUUUAUCUCAGCGGUGUGAGGAACAUAUCUAGCGUCUCCGUUGCGAAGCGGAUGUCGUGGCUGGCGAACAGAAGAACAACAAGGAUUGAAGACAUGGCUUAUUGCAUGCUUGGUAUAUUCGACAUCAACUUGUCUCCUAUCUAUGGAGAAGGAAGGAGGGCGUUCUUUCGUCUCCAGGAAGAGAUCAUCAGGACUUGCAACGAUCAUACCAUCUUCUGCUGGGAGUGGAAUGAUGAUGUUCCAAGAGACUGGGCAAGUUUUCUUGCACCGUGGCCGACCGUGUAUAGAAGCGCUGGGGAUUAUGAACAGCUCAAUAGCGACGGGAUAUCUGUCUUUUCAAUGACUAAUGCCGGCCUAUCCAUUCGUCUACCCGUCAUAACAGCUUUCGGGGCCUCACACAUCACGGUUAGCUCUUGGUUUGUCAUGCUACAGGUGGCGCCAGCAGCAAGUGCUACUCUCAAGCAUCAAGAGGUAGCAUGUCUUCCGGUCAUGGGCCGUAGAGUAGGCGAUUUUCUGUACGUGACACGUUUGUCUUAUCCACCUCUGCCGAUGACUAUAUCGAGGGAUCAUGAGGCAAGCUUCAAAACAGAGUCUCUUAUCGUGAUGGACAGACUUUCAUAUCCCUCUAGACCCAUGCAUUUAUCGAGGGCCGGUGCAUCUCUUGCAAUGAACCGGUCCGUACCCGGUAGAAGGUCCAGAAAGGUGAACCACUAUACGGACGUCAGCGAUGACAACAUAAUCACGUUCAUCCCCAUCUUCGUAUCUCCGCGUCUCCAGGGCCAAUGGGACUUCCAUAAUCUGUACGGGGGCGAUAUUAAGCCGCGUUCGCUAUUGAGUGCUAUUACUCUGACAACUGACGCUGACAAUAUUGGGGUGGCGGCAAUAGUGAUCACAAGAGCCGGCAGGGUUCCAGUUCCAGAGUUUUAUAUCUUGCUGGGGGUAGAGAAGGGAAAAGACUCCGAUUAUGUCACGGCGAAACUUGUAGAAGCACGAGAGGCAUGGAGUGCUGAAGGCUUGGGGAAGACCAUGACGCAAUGGAGGCAACGAGUAGCUACGGGCCGCUCCGCAAUAUCAGGUGCAGAUUACAACGACAAUCUCGAAUUAGCAAUGGUACUAGGAAGGUCUACUGAUGUCAUAAGAAGUACCAGAAACUAUCAUUUCUUGUGUUUCUACGAGGGCGGCGUUGCACAUAGUGCAGCCAAGAUAGCACGAGGGAGGUUGUAG